GACAACUUUGAGUAACUUUUCUUUUAAUUCGCAAGCCAUUAUAAUGUUUUAAAUCAUCUUCAUUAUUCUCUUGGAAAAAAAUGUGAAAAUUUUUAAUCAGUGUUCCUAUUUUGGGGCUGUGUUAUGUCAAUUUUUGAUGGAAAACGGAUUGUGCACCAACCUGCGUUACAUACACUUUGCCCAGUUUGGCCAACAAUACAUCGGGUCAGCAAAAGUUUAUCUUUUUCGUCAACUUUUCCCCAAAGUUUUUGUGCGAAUAACGAUUAAGCGAAGCAGAAUGCAGAUAAUAGUGUGACAAACGAAAGGCCAUCCCUUGCCGUGGAUUCUGAAGGGCUGUUCACCAUUGUGCAAACAAUUGUCUGCAGUGCUGCUAUACGCUUUUAAUUGUGUUGUGUAGGUGUCUGGAAACCGGCACGAAAGCGAUUCGAAAAAGAAACGAAACGAAAAAAAAACAGAAAAAAUAAUACGUCUCCAGGGAAGACAUUCCUAGAUCAAGUAAGCUGCUGCUUAGAAUUGCAAGUGUUGUGUGUGUGUGGGUGUGUGCGUGCGGUUCGUUGUGUGCGCUGCAUCCGGUGCAGCGAUAUCGAAGUAACACCGUAAAACAUUAUGACGAGACACAGUUCUGUCAACAGCAGAAUGGGAAAUCUUACCAUCGGUUUCUUGCCAAUUGUUUGCCUGCUGACAGUGGGAUUAGUAGAUGCUUUCUACCUUCCCGGUUUGGCACCGGUAAACUAUUGUCGAAAAUCUGAAAUGCAAAAAUCAUGCAAGUCCGAGGUUACGCUUUAUGUGAAUCGACUCAACACGGAGGAAUCGGUGAUUCCGUACGAGUACCAUCAUUUCGAUUUCUGUCCCAUCGAUGAAGCCAAUUCACCGGUAGAAAACCUCGGUCAGGUAGUGUUUGGCGAACGCAUCCGUCCGGGACCGUACAAAAUACAGUUCCUCGAGGACGUAAAGUGUGCGAAGGCUUGCGUGAAACACUACAAGGGUGGCGAUCCGGAUAGUGAUCACCGCUUGAUGGUGUUGAAGAAGGGUAUGAGUUUGAAUUAUCAGCACCAUUGGAUUGUUGAUAAUAUGCCCGUCACUUGGUGCUAUCCGCUGGAAAAUGAGCGUCAGUACUGCAGUACCGGUUUUCCGAUGGGUUGUCUUGUACGCCGGCAUCCGGACGGAGAGGAAGGUUGCAUUACGAAUCCGAAUUACAAUCGCGCCGGGUAUUAUUACCCAUUCAACCACGUUGAUUUGACCGUCACGUACCACAGCGGAGCUACCGAGGAGUGGGGUGUGGCAUUCAAACAGAAUGGUGGACGUAUUAUAUCGGUGAAGGUGGUACCAUCGUCCAUUAACCACAAAGACCCGAACGAGCUGAACUGUGACAGUAAGGAACCGAUUGAAAUUCAAUCCAGCGCUCUACCGAAUGGCCAAAUGCUGGAUAUCGUGUACACGUACUCGGUACACUUCACGCAGAACAACAAGAUAAAGUGGUCAUCCCGCUGGGAUUACAUUCUCGAGUCGAUGCCGCACACCAAUAUCCAGUGGUUCAGCAUUUUAAACUCACUCGUAAUUGUUCUGUUCCUUUCUGGUAUGGUGGCAAUGAUUAUGCUUCGAACGCUUCACAAGGACAUUGCGCGGUACAACCAGAUGGAUUCCGGUGAAGACGCGCAGGAAGAGUUCGGCUGGAAGCUGGUACACGGAGAUGUAUUUCGACCACCGCGCAAAGGAAUGUUACUGUCCGUGUUUCUAGGCUCAGGCAUUCAGGUGUUCUGUAUGACGCUGGUUACGUUAGCAUUCGCAUGUCUCGGAUUCCUCUCACCGGCCAAUCGUGGCGCUUUGAUGACGUGUGCCAUGGUGCUGUUUGUUCUGCUCGGUACACCGGCUGGGUAUGUUUCGGCCCGCAUCUACAAGAGCUUUGGCGGUAUCAAGUGGAAGAGCAACGUUCUGUUAACGUCCAUGUUGUGCCCUGGCGUCGUGUUCGGACUGUUUUUCGUAAUGAAUUUAAUAUUGUGGAGCAAAGGAAGCUCGGGUGCAGUUCCAUUUUCGACCCUGAUAGCGCUGCUCGCCCUGUGGUUUGGAGUGUCCGUUCCGCUGACCUUCGUUGGAGCUUAUUUCGGUUUCCGAAAGAGGUCCUUGGAGCAUCCAGUGCGAACAAAUCAGAUUCCACGCCAGAUUCCGGAUCAAUCCAUCUACACCCAACCAAUCCCGGGCAUCAUCAUGGGUGGCGUGCUACCAUUUGGAUGCAUUUUUAUUCAACUAUUCUUCAUCCUUAACUCGCUGUGGUCGAGUCAGAUGUACUACAUGUUCGGUUUCCUGUUUCUGGUGUUUUUGAUCCUCGUGAUCACCUGCUCCGAGACAACGAUUCUGCUGUGCUAUUUCCACCUGUGCGCAGAAGACUAUCACUGGUGGUGGCGAUCGUUCCUAACGUCUGGGUUUACGGCAGUGUAUCUGUUUGUGUACUGCUGCCACUAUUUUGCCACGAAGCUGCAAAUCGAAGAUGCUGCUUCGACUUUCCUCUACUUUGGCUACACGCUGAUAAUGGUUUUUCUGUUCUUCUUACUAACCGGCUCGAUAGGGUUCUUUGCCUGCUUCUGGUUUAUUCGUAAAAUCUACAGCGUAGUGAAGGUGGAUUAAAAGUGCGCCAGUGCUGCCUGAAUUGAGCACUGUUUUCUUUUCCGGUAUAAUGCCUAUUCAUUCGAUACACAGUGGCUUGUUGUUGGGUCUGUGCUUUGUUUUUGCCUUUAUUUAAUUUUGUCAUCCCCUCCGAUUCGAUCGUGUGUAGUAGUAGUAGUAAUAGUCGUAGUUACAACACAUGUCUGUAACAAGUAACAAACACGUGAAGAAGGUUCUAUUUUCGAUCAGCAUGUGCAGCCCACGUCCAAAUGGAGCCCACGUCAUAGCGCAAAGCCCAUUUACAACGUGCGCACGCGGUUCGGGAACUAAAGGCAAUACCGACAAUACACUGCAUACUAAUGAACAACAAAUUACCCUAUUUUACCGUUUGUGACGAUGAGAAGUUUGAUUCGCGCAAAUUUAAAUGGAUAGAUUCAAGGAAAUGUGUAAGUGAUACGGGAUAUGCGGUUAAUGAUGGGGUAUUAUGUUUCGCAACAUACUAGUCUGUCGGUUUCGUAUCGGAAAGCAAAAAGCGGGAUAGCAUCCUUGUAUUUUGUUUAUGAGAAUUCCAAUUUAUUGUUUAAUCGUAUCGUGGGCAGAUUUCUGUUCUUUAGCUUAGUAAUAAUCAACAGAACUAACAAGAGCGUGGCACAGCCGCAUUUAGGUUAGUGUCGUGUCCCAUCCGGCCCUUCCCAAAACUCCCCUCCCCCGAUAACCUAACCGUUGACAUAAUUCCGGUGAGUUCUGGUAAGCGAAAAAUAACACAUUUUUGCAUGCCGUGGAACAAAACAUUGGUAGUCACGGGCAAACUACCAGAACAAAUACCGGUCCACAACACACAGCACACAAAUUUUUAUGUACAACUUUGCCUCUUUCCAAAAACUAGGUUAGAAAUACUAGGCGCGAUGAGUAUUAGGCGAUGGAGGAAAAUAUUCAAGUAAAGUGAAUCAGAAUACAGAAAACGACGAAUAUCGUUUACCAAUGAACACACAUCGAUGAUUUCGCUGUCCAACCACUUUUAUUUUGUCGAUGGUGUAAAUUAUUUAUUAGAAUUAUUCUUUUUCCGUUUCUCAAUCGUACGAAGCAAAGAGAGGAAAACUAAACAAUUCACUACGUACACAAUAAAACAGACGGUUUGAAAGAAUCAGCAUGGAAACGGUUUUGGGUGAUAGGACGAGACGGUAGGAUAACUGUUUGUACGUGUGUGUAUGUGUGUGAGUGGACGAUGGAACUUUCGCACCUCAACUGAUCGUGAACCGGACGAUGUGAUGAAAAAGUAAACUUAAAAUGAAGAGCAUGAGUAAUAAAAACAAUAAUUAUAAUGAUACUAUCGUAAAAAUCAAAUAA